UCAUGGAUCUCGGCUUCCAGUUUCCAUCUCCGGCGAAUCUUCUUCUUCUCCUCUGCUUGUUCAUCAUCUUCAUCUUCUCCAAACUACUGCUCAUGAAAAAAAAGUCGACACCUGGAAACCUUCCUCCAGGGCCAUGGAAGUUACCCCUGAUAGGAAACAUGCACAACCUCAUCGGCCCUCUGCCGCCGCACCGGAAGCUCCAGGAGCUCUCCGCCACAUUCGGGGCGGUGAUGCACCUCCAGAUCGGCGAGCUCUCCGCCGUGGUGGUCUCCACUCCGUCCGCCGCGAAGCAGGUGAUGAAAACCCACGACAUAAACUCCGCGUCCAGGCCCCACACGGUGGCGACGGAGAUCUUCACGUACGGCGGCGCCAGCAUCAGCUUCAGCGACUACGGGGACUACUGGAGGCAGCUCCGGAAAAUAUCCACGCUGGAGCUCCUUAGCAACAAGCGCGUUUCGUCCUUCCGAUCAAUAAGGGAAGAAGCGUGCCUGGAACUCGCACGUGGGGUGGCCUCGCACGUGGGGGGGCCGGCGGUGAACUUGACCGAGAAGCUCUUCAGUUUUGAGUACGGGCUGGUUUCCAGGGCGACGCUGGGUAAGAAAACGGAGGUUAAGGAGAGGCUGCUGCCCAUACUGAGAGAAGGGACUGGAUUGGCGGCGGGGUUUGAUAUUGCUGACGUGUACCCGUCGGUGAAGGUGCUUCAGAUGGUGAGUGGGAUGAGGCGGCGGCUGGUGAAGCUGCAUGUGGAAGCCGAUAGUAUACUUGAUGAAAUCAUCCGUGACCGUAAAGUUGACGGCGGCGGUACAACUGCGGUGAAGAAAGAAGGAGAAGAAGAAGAUGAUUUGUUGGGUGUUCUUCUGAGAAUGGAUGACGAUGGGCGGCUUGAGAUUCCGUUGACUACUGACAACGUUAAAGCUGUACUCGUGGAUAUUUUGACUGCUGGAAGUGAGACAUCAGCCAUAACAAUAGAUUGGGCAAUGUCAGAAAUGCUGAGAAAUCCAAGAAUCCUGAAAAAGGCACAAGACGAAGUGAGACGAGUUUUCGACGAUAAAGGAUACGUUGACGAAUCGAAAAUUAACGAACUAAAGUAUUUGAAAUCAAUUAUAAAGGAGACUCUGAGAUUUCAUCCACCGGUACCUAUACUACUCCCAAGAAAAUGCAUGAGGAAAUGCGAGAUCGACGGGUACGAAAUACCGGUGGAUACAAAAAUCAUGGUGAACGCGUGGGCUAUUAAUAGAGACCCGAAAUAUUGGGAAGACGCGGAUUGUUUUCGACCGGAGAGAUUUCUUGAUAGUUUGGUGGAUUAUAAAGGGAAUCAUUUCGAGUAUAUUCCGUUUGGUGCCGGAAGGAGAAUGUGCCCGGGAAUAUCGUUUGGUAUGGCGAAUGUGGAGCUGCCGCUAGCUAUGUUUUUGUACCAUUUCGAUUGGAGUUUGCCGGAUGGAAUGAAACACCAAGAAUUGGAUAUGACGGAAAGAUCGGGUGUCACGGCGAGGAGGAACGACGAUUUGUUAGUUAUUCCUGUUAUUAAACGACCGUUGGCGUUGCCGCAUGUCACAUGAUGCAUGCAAGAGAUUGUUGUUCAACAACUCUUUUUUAUUUAAAAAUAAAAUAAAAUAAAUAAAAAUAUAUUAAUGUCUAUAUUCUAGUGAGAGCGGGAAAAGAAAUUUGAUCAGUGGAAUUACAUUUGAAUGGGCUGGGCUGGGCUGGCAGCUGAG